AUGGGCUGGCAUACAGAUAGGAAUAAUAUUAUUCUCACUGCAUAUCUGGUCGAAUUGAGGCAUGGGACCGACGUCUGUAAACCAGAGAACAUCGCCGAGAUUCAAAGACGUUUACGAGCUCCUCGUCCAUCCCUCGCAUUGUCCGAAGAUUCUCUGCGCCAAGAAUAUAAAGAAUUCCAGCGACUCAAUGACAGAACCCCCGACGAGCAGCUCGUGAUCAAAAAAAUUCUUCUGAUUCUCGAGGGUCCGCAACAAGCGUCUUUUCAUGAUAGUAGCAACUACCCAUUUACGAAUCUGGCGCCGCUCACGAACGGCACCCUUGCCAAUGCCAAGCCUGAUAUUUACUACGGCGCGCCGCCUCACCAGCUGCAUCCUCGUGUCCGGGAACAGCUCAGUGACCAGGUUAUCCCUACCCGGCAGGGCAACAGUCCCAUCACGCCUAAUUUCUUCGUCGAGACAAAGGGCGAUAAUCACGCUUACGCGAUCGCUUCUACCUUCCAAGACGGAAGGCAGGAUAUCUACGCGACCCAUCCGACGCGGACUCCGAGCAAUAUCGACCCCGGCGCAGACCGUCAGACGGAUUACUUGAUGACCCAGGUCGGGUAUUACGCCUUGACCGGGAGUCCAGAAGCCUACCAACAGGAUGUGAGUGCGUAUCGCAAUAGCCGUGACCUGGCGAAAGAAUAUCGGGACGAGUUUAUCAGGCAGGCAAAUGACUUCCCUCGGCUUCUGAGGCCUUGCCACCGACCAUUUUCAGCUAAAUGCUGCUUUGUCUUUGGACAAUGGUACUAA